AUGGUCCCCUCUGUCCGCCUCUCGCCCGCCACCCGCAGCCUCUUCGAUGAGCCGCUGGCCAUCGCCGUGCAGGGCCUCGGCCCGCGGCAGCAGGUCACGCUGCGGACCGCCCGCUGCCCCGCGCUGCCGGGAGGCAGCUUCUCCGGCCUGGAGCCCAUGGGGCUGCUCUGGGCUCUGCAGCCCCAGAAGCCCUUCAGGCGGCUGGUGAAGCGGGAUGUGCAGACCCCCUUCCUCCUGCAACUGGAGGUGUUUGAAGGCCACGGGGAGCCCCCGGGGCGGAUCCUGGCCCAGGUGCAGCACGAGCGGGCGUUCCUGCGGGACGGGGUGCGGAGAGUCCCGGUGCGAGAGGGGAGGAUCUGGGCGAUGCUUUUCUUGCCCCCUGGGGAGUACCAGCUGUGGCCAUCCUACCCCUUUCCAGGAAUCAUCGACAUACAUGGAUACACAGGAGGUCUUUUUGAGCACAGAGCCAGCCUGCUGGCCAAUCAUGGCUUUGUCACACUGGCCCUGGCUUAUUUCACAUAUGAGGAUCUGCCCCAGGAGCCAACUGAACUCCACCUGGAAUAUUUUGAAGAGGCAGUGAACUAUAUGCUGCAGCACCCACAGGUGAAGGGACCAGGGGUUGGCCUGCUUGGUUACUCCAAAGGAGCUGAUCUGUCUCUCUCCAUGGCCACCUUCCUGAAGAACAUCACAGCCAUUGCUUCCCUCAAUGGCCCUGUGGCCAAUACAGUUAUUCCUCUCUGUUACAAGGAUAAAACCAUCCCCCCUUUGCCCAUCGAUGAACAACAGGUCAAGGUCAUUGAUUCCAAUAUUCUUGAUUUUUCUAAAGCCUUUACUGACCCCUUUCAAGCCCCUGGCAACCAAAGCCUGAUGCCACUAGGGAAAGCUGAGGCACAGUUACUAUUCAUUGUGGGACAAGAUGAUCACGUUAUUAAAUCUGAGUAUCAUGCUACUGAAGCUUGCAAGUAUUUGCGGGCUCAAGGGAAGGAAAAUUUUCAGAUUCUGUCUUACCCUGGAACAGUGCACUGCAUUGACCCUCCCUUUUUCCCUUUGUACCCCAUAGGAAAGCAUCUCUUUCCUCACAAGUGGGCAAUUUGGGGUGGGGAGCUUGGGGCUUAUUCUAAAGCUCAGGUUCAUGCUUGGCCACAGAUCCAGGAUUUUUUCAACAAAUAUUUAAAUGACAAUUAA